AUGUCGACAAGAAGGCGGGAAGUUCGCGAUACCGCCAGGGAUAUUAUUCAGGGUACUCAGUAAGUCUCCUAGCUUUGUAUUUUACUUUUUAACGAUGGCUUUGUCGCUCCUUUGACUAAUUCCGACCUUAUUUUAGGCCUUCCGGGAGAGGCCCAAGAAGGCCUAGAGAAGGCUAUGCCACACUGCCAUUGUCGAGAAGGGUAAGUUAACAGGAAAAAGACGUCAUAAUCUGUCUAGAAUUCGGCAAACGGUGCGAAUCGAGAUAUUGCGGACCUUCAAAAUCAAGUCGAUCAACUUCGGCGGCAACAAUCUGACCUCCUCGGAGCCCAAGACGUAAAUUUAUCCCAUAAUCUACAUUUAACUAUACAAUUUUAGAUUACCCGGAGACAAAAUGAAGCCGCUAACAAUCGAAUCCAACGACAAGCCGGUUAUUUGGCUGGAGGAGGGUCGUAAGUCACCCUUAUAUUAUCCAUCAGCUUUUAGGAACCGGGAUAUGGACGAAAUUCGACGAGCACUCUCAGCGAUCGAAAACAGAGUAAGUCAAUAACUUCUACGCAGUAUCCUCGUUGCAGAUGCUAUUAUUUGGACAAGAAUUGUCAUCAAUCAAAGGAACCGUUGAUCGACAUACAAAUGAUUUGAUAGCUGUCAACAAUGAGGUCAAAGCAAGGCCUUUAGCUGAUCAGGCGGUAAGAAAUUGUUUAUCAAAAGGUUUCAGAUAUAUUCAACCUACAAAAUGCAUUGUGCUUUCAGCGAUUACAAUCGAAUACGCAACAACUUGACUCAAGAAUUCGAGAUCUCCAUAACCAAAUGAUGGCGUUGCGAAGAAGUGUUGACACAGAAGUCAGCGAUCGCGUUAGAGUUAAUCAAACUCAACAGGAUACGUAAGUAACUCCUCUAUGGUAUUUAAUUAUUAGGAUAAACCGAUUACAAGAGACCAUCCGACAGCAAGAGGCCAAUAGAAACGAGCUUUUGGCUAACGUAACAAGACGAGGAGACCUUGAUAAAGCCAAAUUGGACGAGGAAACUCGCCGAUUAAACGAUCGGAUUCAACUUAUCACAACGGAAGUGUCAAGAAAUCUGAAUGAUCGAGAGCAACGACUUCGCGACGACCUUUUACAAAAAUAUAAUGGAGUUCAGAUGGUAAGCAAGUAUAACAUACUUCAUGAAACUAUUUUUCGACCUAUAAAAGGUCUAUUAUAAAAAAUUGAUGAUUAAAGACACCAGCCAUCAAAUGAUCAGUGUGUUAUCAAUUACCAGACGCAACCAAAUAACGAAAUUAUGAUUUCAGAGUGUGAAAUCACAAUUUGAUGCCCGUUUGGAAAGAGAAAACGAAAUACAACGGAACCUGGACGAGAGACUCCGCAAUCAAGACCAGCUGAUAGAGCAGGCCAGAGCGCAGAUUCAGCAACAAAAAACGAAAAACAAAGAACGCUUUCAGAAGGUGAACAGUGCGCUGGCGACACUGCAGAAAUACUUUGAUGCCGGCAACAAAAAGAUUGACAAAUUGAUGAACUCGGAGAUCCAGGCACGGUAUGACAAACGACUUUUUAUUUCGAAAAGACAGAUAAUAGAAAAGAGCUACUAAAAACUCUUUUACAGACGAGUUCAUGAACGAGGACUACUGGGAAGAGUGACAAACACAGAAGACAAGGUCAAUGCCUAUUUGAACAGUCUUUCCGCGGCUGUUGAUGAAGUUCGGGCAGGAAACGAGAAUGCCAAGAUGCCUAAUAUUGAUAUUGAAGCAGUAAGAUUCAAAAAAAAACACCAUGUAUUAUAUUACCUUAUACUUGAUGAUUUUAGCUUCGCCGGGAAAUUGAGGGAAUAGCAGCGGAUAAAAACAAGCUUAGUAUGGAAGGACUGCUCAAAUUGGAGGAAAAAAUAUCCAGAAUGCAACAUUGUAAGGCAUUCUUGGAACAAGAGAAAAAAAUUUCUUGUCCAAUCUUUAUCUACAGUGGGGACCUGAUCCAGUGACAAAAAAAGUAUCAUUUUGCAUUCUUUUUGUGAGGGAAAGGACGCGCAGUUAAAAACGGAAGUUUUUUAGUUGGAGAGGGAGGCAUUUUGCCACAUUUUUGAUACUUCCCUGAUGCAAAAUGAUACUUUUUUUGCCACUGGAUCAGGUCCCUCACUGUACUGCAAUAUUAUCAAAAAUUACCAAUUUCAGCACUAAACCGAGACCGUCGUGAGAUUCAAGGGAAACUGUCGGACAGCAACGAUGCCAGACAAAACAAACUCAAAUCUCAGAUGGCCAAAUUGGACGAUCUGUUAGAUGAUGUUGAGAGAACUCAAGACCGAGUGAGAGACAAGGUCGAAAGGCAAAUUCCUCGAGAUCUGAACGAACUGUCAGCCAAGGUGGACAAUCUGAAGCAACAAAUGACUCGACGAAUUGAUCAUGAGGAAGAGGAACGGUAAGAAAUCGAAAAAUAUGACAAAUUAAAUAAUUUUAGAUACCAAGCCAUCAAAGAGCUUCAAGAUGCCUACGGAAAGUUGGUUGUGAGGAACAGAGCCGACAGAAGAGAUGGAUCAGCAGCUCCAUCGUCGGUGAGAUUUUUAAACCAAUUUUUAAAUGCCAUUUUUGUCAUAAUAUCCCUUUCAAAAUCAAAUUUUAAUUUUUGACCUAUACACGAAAAUUAUUGCAUCAUUUCCCAGUCGGCGUUAAAACGAGACAUCGACGAAUGCAAAGUGGCCAUCCAGAAGUUGGCCGAGUCCGUUACAACCGUUAAAAACGUGCUAGAUCGAAGGCUCAUGGAGGAAAUUCGAAAGGUAAACAAUUGAAAAAAGGCUAAAACUAACGUACGACAAACAUACCCUUAUUUUCAGCGAGAAACCGAUGUGGAGACGCUAACAGCGCGAGCCGACGCAUUGGCAGCGCAAGUUGCCCAACGGGCGGCAUAA